UUUAACGUUAAACAGUGAAUUGUCUAUUGCUAUUAAAAAUUUAGAACCUGUCUCCUGAAUUGUCAGUAAGUGGUUGUUUGUAAGCGUUCUGUUAUCAGUUCGUCGGCAUAUCCGAAUAAAACGUUCUUGAAAAUGCCGAAGUUUGCUCGAAAAAUGAUACGUAGUAGCAAUGAGCGUCCCGCAAAUAGACGUGCGUAAACGCAAACGUCCGCUAAAUCCUGAGAAGACUGGACAGAAAACGUCCUUUGCGAAUACGUCUGCGGAAAAAUUGACUGGCGUCGAUUGGGAUGGUAUAACUCUUGAUCCAAAUCAUAAUUAAGUCAUCAUAAACUUUUUUCGGUAUUUUAAUUUUUAACUGCUACAUUACAGUAAAGAGUGCAAACGUGAUGUCAAAUUUAAGCACACGACCGAACGUGACCUCAAAUUCAAACUUGCCAUAGAAUGUGAAUGCCGAGACUCACGACGUAACGAAUCAUGCCCGCUUAUAAAUAAAUCGUACGAAAUAAAUCAUCUUAUUGUUUUUGUAGUGCCUUUUAGGAGUGGACUUAUAUGGCAUAAAUUUAUUUUGCGCACUGAUGAAUAUGUCUCAAGAAUUACGUAACUUCACCUAUUAUGUUAUCUUGAACAGUAUACACAUCGCUACGAAAACUAUUUUUGAAUUGGUCCAAUCAAAAGCAUAUAAGGAAGAAGUCGAAAAAAAUACCGCAGCAGGAAAUGAACCACUACAUCUGAGUGUUUCCGGUGACGGAUCAUGGAAGAAACGAGGUUUUUCGUCGUUAUUUGACGAGUGACGUCGCUUAUUGGUAAAUAUAGCAACAAAUUGCUCGAUCUUGUUAUGAAGUCGUCAUUUUGUAAAUCUUGUGUGAAUAUGAGCACUAAGAAAGAAACAUCAGAAUAUGACAAGUGGAUAAUCGCACAUAAGUCGGACUGUACUACGAAUUAUUCUGGAAGCGCUGGCAAAAUGGAAGUUGAUGCGAUGCAAGAAAUUUUUUUAUGAUCAGAGAAAUUGCUCGGUAUCAAAUAUACCAAUUAUAUCGGCGAUGGGGACACAAAAACAUUUAAAGUUUUCCUUGAUUUGGAUCCCUACGAUGAUAUUACAGUAAAAAAUUAUAGUGUGUAGGUCACGUUCAAAAAAGAAUGGGAUUUCAGUUUUGUUCGGAGAAGAAAGUGAAUAAAGGCAUUGGAGACAGAGGAAGUGAAAACAUGAAGAAGGCUGUAUGGUCAACAUUAUUGCAUAAAAUUUCCAUGGACGAAAAUCCACAACAUCAGAAUUGUCCUGAAGGAGUUGAGAAUUGGUGCAAGUGGCAGCGCGCAGUAGCAACCGGACAACUGGAACACUUCAAAGAUGACCCUUCGCUGAACUCUGUAAUUCAAAAUGUAAUUCGUCCUAUUUAUGAAGACGUCUCGAACAACGAUUUGUUAAAAAGAUGUCUUGGAGGCAACACUCAAAAUAACAACGAGACCUUUAUUACGUCCUGGAAGAGAACGUAA